ACAGGGUGAUCAGAGGCCUCUUCAUUCCUUAUUGCAUUGCACCAUAUCCUCCUGUCCCAUAGAUGCAUUUCCGUGGGGAGGAAUUCGGCCUAAUUCCACUCGCAUACUCAUCACCCACUCGCCUUCAUCCCGUCGACGCGACACUACGACGGAAAUGCUAGAGCUAUAAACUGCGCCGCUGCUUGGAGAAGAGAGCUCGACGAAGGUAUUCACAGGCUUGGCUUUUUUAUCUCCAAGGUCUAGAGAUAACCACGUAUUUGCCCUACAAUACGGGUUUAUACACCGUGAUAAGUCAAGUCUCCAGCGCAGUAGACUUCUAAAGGAGAAGGCGGAGAUCGUAUAUAUGCCCCCAAUAAAGAGAGGAAACAGAUAGAGACGGACCAAACAAAACCAAUGGCACCCCUCUACGAGAAAGCCCUGAUCGUCGGUGCCACUUCAGGCAUCGGCGAGGCCCUAGCUGCGAAGCUACUGGCUGAGGGGACCUCGGUAGUGGUGACGGGGCGGCGGCGCGAGCGCCUCGACGCCUUCCUUGCCGCACACCCUCCGCCCUUGUCGCCCUCCCCCUCGGCCGCCACGGCAGCAGCCAUGCCCCUCGACGUCACGCAGCUGGGGGCGCUGCCCACGUUCGCCGCCGCCGUGGCGGCCGCGCACCCGGACCUGGACUGCGUGGUGUUCAACGCGGGGAUCCAGCGGGCGUUCGACUUCGGGCGGGGGGGCGUCGACCUGGGGGCCUUCGGCGAGGAGCUGACGACGAACUACGUGGCGGUGGUGCACCUCGUGACGGCGCUGCUGCCGCACCUGCGGCGGGUCGCCGGCGCAGCGGGCAAGGCCCACCUCGUCCUCGUCGGCGCGUCGCUGGGCCUGGUGCCGACGCUCGUCCGCACGCCCGGCUACAACGCGAGCAAGGCGGCGCUGCACAGCUGGGCGACGGCGCUGCGGCAGCAGCUGCGCGACGCCGGCGCCCGCGUGCGCGUUGUCGAGGUGUUCCCGCCCGCCGUGCAGACCGAGCUGCACGACGAGCGCCACCAGCCCGACCUGGUCGGCGGCGCCGCCAUCGGCAUGCCGCUUGCCGCCUUCACCGAGCGCCUGUACGCCGGCCUCGCCGCCGGCGCCGACCAGUUCGCCGUCGGCCCCGCCGAGCCCUGGCUCGCCGACGGCGGCUUCGAGGCCGAGCGCGCCAGGCUCUUCGCCACCGGCCAGGAGGCGCUCAAGGUUGCGCUCGCUCCGUAUAUAAGGAAGGAAGACGUGAGGAAUGGGGAAUGGGGAGGCGGUAGCCAGGAUGGGACGGAAUAAGGGAUGUCUAGGUAAAUAGACAAGUGC